AAUCAGUAGCCACCCGAAUCCUUCUUUCCCCCAAAAUCUUUACCGGAUCGUGGGGCUCAACGUACCACUUCUAGCCAAACUACGAGCUAGUGCCUUCCGGCAAGCAGUUGCCUCCAUCGUUACCGGAUCGGUGAAGCCAUACGAGGGACGCUCCCAGAAGCUGCCGUCCGCCGCGCGGCAGACCGCCGCCACCGCCCCUCGAGCCUGCUUCUUCGCAGGAGCAGCAUCGACAUUGAUCUUGACACAGCCGGAUCCACUUCGGCCGGCUCGCACGAACAGCAGCUCGAAGUUAGCAUUGAUAUCUCGUGUGCACGGAGAUGUUCGACAAUAUGCUCCUCUGCCUGGACAUCAUACACUCCAGGAGUGCAAUAUGACGGCAAGUCUUUAAAGACGUCAGUAUUACACUAGUACUAUAAGAAGACUUCAUGGAUUAAUAUCAAAGGCAUUUAACUACAGUUCACUUGAAUAACAGGAUCACAAGCUCAGAUCGGCACCAGCUGCAGAGGUGUGCCCGUCUUAUACAUGACAGCAUCUAGUUGACACCAGGAAGCCACACUCCGGCAGCUGCAGCCAGUUUACACUGCAGGUAGAGGCAGGCUAGCUAAGAUCCAUGGCGUCGAGCAGGGCGAUCUUGGUCAUGGGCCUCCUUGCCGCCGUGCUGGCCCCCGCCUUUUCAACGCGGUCGUUUAUCUCCAUGCCAGCCGACGCGAGCAGUCCUGUGACCCUCGCCGACGGCCUCUCCUACGACUACCACGCGAACUCCUGCCCGCAGCUGCAAGACAUCGUGUGGCCGAUCGUGGAGAGCGCGGUCCUGGGCGAGGUCGCCAUCGCCGCCGGCCUCCUCCGUAUCUUCUUCCACGACUGCUUUCCUCAGGGCUGCGACGCGUCCGUCCUUUUGACGGGACCUAACAGCGAGCGGGACCUGCCGCCGAACCAGACGCUGCAGCCGCGUGCGAUGCAGCUCAUCGAGGACGUCCGCGUCAAGGUACACGCCGCCUGCGGCGCCACCGUCUCCUGCGCCGACAUCAUCGCCCUCGCCACCCGUGACGCCGUCUUCGUGGCCGGGGAAAGCGAAAUGUUCUACUUCUACGACCUGCCGCUCGGCCGGUUUGACAGCCUCGAGCCGGCUAAUAGCAGCGCCGUCUUCGACCUCCCGCAGCCCACCGCGGACGCCGACACGCUCAUCAAUGCAUUCAAGAGCCGCAACCUCGAGCCCAUGGACCUCGUCGCGCUCUCUGGCGCGCACACCGUCGGGAAGGCGCACUGCAGCUCCUUCAACAACCGUUUCUCCGAGGACGCCGACUUCGCCCGGAGGCUCGCCGCCAACUGCUCCAACGACCCGAACCGGCUGCAGGACCUCGACGUGGAAACCCCCAUCGUGUUCGACAACAGGUACUUCAGAAACCUGAUGGAGGGAAAGGGGGUGUUCACCUCCGACCAAGUGCUCAUCAGUGACGGCCGCACCGACUGGGCGGUCAAAGGCCUCGCCGAGAACAAAUGGUGGUUCUACGGCCAGUUCCGUGACUCCAUGGUGAAGCUUAGUCAGUACCAACCCGGAGGAAACGUAGGGGAGAUUCGCCGCAACAGCUGCUUCGCGCCUAACGGACGGAGCAUUCCAGCCACCGCCGGUCACGAGGGGUUCGCAGCCUCUGCUUGAGUUCAUUGCUCACUACCUAGAAAUUGGAUCUUUUGCCCACUUUACCUCCUAAUUUGAUAAUUUGCCCUCUUCCUGAGACUGUCAGGUGGGACCGGGGUCAUUGGUCAUUGAGAUAACACUGGGGCAAAUCAUCCAACCCUUUGUAAAGUGGGACAAAUCAUUCAAUCCCCCUUCACUACCAGAUCGUCAUUUUGUUUCCUUGUAGUAAGAGUAAGCAGUGUGUACUCUGCUUCGUUCAGUCCUCUUUCAUGAUGUCUCGGAACACGUUUGAAAUAAGGAAUUCGCAUGGCACUACUAUGCUUUGUAGGAACUUGCAAAAAUGCCCGUUGCAAUAAGAGAUAUUAGAUAUUGUUUGUCUUA